AUGGAGAAAGACGAUCCAAUACAUGCUGCAGAAACACUUUCCUCUGCUCUGCAACGUAUUCCUUUCCAAGACGUCCUUUCGUGGAAGGUUCUGACGGAGUGUAAACCUGGUACUGCACAGAUUCCAUCUUUGAAUGCACUUUGCAAGCGAAUCUUGCACCUGAAUGGUCAGGAGGGCAAUAUUCAUGAACCGAUCUAUGGAACAGAAAUGCGAGUCGUAGAUAUAGAUGAGGGGACGAUGAAGCAGUUUGAAUCCGCUCUAGAAGCGGUGAAUCCUGCUCUGCGCUUUCCGUCGAAGAACGACUAUAUUGCUUACAAAAUUCGACCUCAAACCACGAGAAACAAUAAACGGGAACAUCCUCACGUUAUACAUGACGAUCCUUGGUGUCGAAUUUGGUUCAAGCAAGACGACGAGUAUAAAUGCCCGAAAGCUGUGACUAGGGUCGCCCUCAUUUCUCCAAUGGUGAAUAGUUCUCCAAAAUCAUCAGAUGCUCUCGAAAAUAUACGCUUCGUGUUUGCAAUACAACACGAUUAA